AUAGUAGGUCAGUUAUGUAAUACGCGAAAUUUAAGAGGAACACAUUUUGUUGUUUUAUAAUCACAGCCUCAGCGCAAGUGGGUGAUUUUAUUUGUUGUUGUUGUUAUUAUUAUUAUUGUGGCUGCCGUUGAUGGUGGAAGUAGUAGUGGUGGUUUGUGCCUUGCUUGUAUUGUGCAUAAGACAUAUCGAAUAGACAAAGAGGCACCAUCCUUUUAUAUAUAUAUAUAUGUAUAGCAUUUUUUUAACUGUUCAAUUACACGCUUGGUGGAAAUGAAUUCAACUAUAAUUAAUGUUGACAUUUUGUAUGCAUGACCGAACACGGCCGCCAUACCAAAAAAAUUUCACAUACUUUUUUGUGUUCAUUGAAAUGGAUUUGCACUGAUUUCAAAUGCAUUUGUAUUUGCUUUACUAACCUACUACAACAACCAAACAAACGAAAGCGCACCUAACUGACGCUUUAUAUACACGAAGCAAAAGUAUUAUGUAUACAUACAAAAACCUACUUUAAACUUGAAAAAAAGGGAAAGAAAAAUAAUGUGGUACAUAACACGAAUUCGUGUAUGAACAAAAGGAAGAAACUCACGCAAGGCAAAUCAGUUUUUAUUCAAUAAAACCACUGUGCUAAAAUUGUCAUUCGAAAGUAAAGGAAACAAAAGGAAAAGAGAAAGGAAACUUGUGCUUCGUUCCAAAUUGAAAUAGAAUAAUUAACGGAGCUGCCCACAUGACCACCUUUGAUGGUGUAAUUUAAUAACGGCUUCCAUUUGGCACAACAAAUUACAUAAAUACAGAGUUAAACGAAAAUGGGUAGAAAGAAGAAGAUUGCCGUCGAAGAUCUCGUCGUACCUCCACAAAAUAAUCGUAUUUGCGGUACAAUAUGCAUAUGCCAAAUGACAUUGGUGCUGAGCUCGGUGGCUAUAGUGUAUUUAACAGUGGCGAUUUACAUGCCAUCGACGCGUGCGAUAAAAAGUGGAAUCAGCGAGGUGCCCGUCAUGUGUACAACGACCCGUACAUUAAACACCGAAAACUGUGAUUGGGGAUCUUGUGGUGAAUGGUGUUUGAGCAAAACAUCAGGAGCUUGCAUACAAAUUUACGUCAAUUUACGAAACAAUGGGAGUUCGUUAAAUUUUGCAAAUUGUACGAAUUCGGCGAAUAAAACGUGCUAUGGCAUCGAUCAAGAGAAUGCUAAAAAAGCGCGUUGCAUUGCGGAUGAGUGUAAAAAUUUAACGGGCACAUUUAAUUGCACAAUGGGCAUGUGCUUAAAUAUAACCGAUGCAUUUCUGUGUGCAUUUCAUAACACCGAUGUCCCAAUGAAAUGUUCGGGUCGACGCGGUAAGAUAACAUGCAUCGACAUUGAUGGCUUAUUCCAAUGUGUGCGUGGAACGUGUCGUAAAAUUAGGCCACCAUAUAAUUGUGAUCGGCGAUGCGUCGAUAUUCCAACCAGGAAUAAAAAUGUGGUGCUGAUUAGCGGCGAUAAAGUCUAUUUGUCACAGUGUGAGACUGCAUUUAACGGAGAGACAGGCGUUGAAGUGUGGAAUGAUACACAAAAUAAUGUGUUGAUGGCAAGUUGUUAUCACAUAAAGAAUACGUCGGGCGGCGUUGAAGCAUACGAUUGUGUAAAUGGUUCGACGUUGGCCAACAAUAUUUUAGGUGAUUUGACCAACUUCACAUAUUUGAGCUAUUUGCAUGUGUUUAGUACGACAUAUAUUAAGGCAAUAGCUCCAUUAGACUUAGAAUUAUCGAUUUACAAUGAAUCACGAUUAAUGAUCAAUUUGGAGGGGUGCGUCAACACUUUGCGCGACGAGUGCAGAGAUUUUUUGCGUGAAUAUGGCAAAGAUGGUACCGAUCAUAAUGCUCGGGCUAGAUUCCCAUGCUUUUUCUCUUUGAAUGAUCCAAGCGUGGUCGUUUCACGUUUCAAUUUGGCGACAACGAUACAACAGCUUAUGUUCGGUGCCAUCAUUCCAACGGUUUUAUUUUUCGUAUCAUGUACGUGCUUGGUACUAUGCCAAAGAACGGUUGUCGUUGGCGACGACGCAAAGAUGCGUUUCAAGGGAUGUGGCUCAGAAAAACUGGCGCCAUCAGCAACACAAGAAAAUAUCGAAGAAGCAGUUACACGACAAUAUAAUGCAAGCGAAAACAACGAUGUUAUGGCACUUUGAGAUCCAUCACGCAUUCCUCUAUUGUUACGUGAAGAGCCCAGUUCGUUAACCUAGUUUUGUUUCCGUAUCACAAUAAACUACAUUUUCCACAUAUAGCAAUAAAUACUCAAGUGCACGAAUAUCAGU